AAUAGAAGAAGGGAGGAGGAAGGAUCUCGAGCACACACAGAUACAUCACCUUUUAUCUUUUAUUUAAGGGUUUUCUGGGUUUUAUUUUAUUUACUUGUAAAUAGUUCUUCACCUUGGUUAAAUGAAAUGUCGGACUUCUACUGAACGGGUCGUUUGUGACGGUGAAAGCAGAGAAGUGAGAUGCGCGUGCAGGUGUAGCAGAAAUGCUAAAACUGCUUUGUUUUGGUAACUCGAUAAAUCCCACAGUUACUAAUCAUCUUUAAAAAAAAAAAAAAGUCAGUGUGUUCCUUUUGUAUUUCUCCAGACAUGUCUUCAGAGUUUACUAUUGACAUCCAGCUAACAGAGCUGGGCUUCUCUAGCUGGGAUUUUCAGGUUUUAAAACAGAAAGACACGCACCAGACUUCAGACCUGGAAUAUGCUUCAUCAUCAUCUUCAUCAUCUUCAUCCUUAACAGCACCACCACCAGCAACGGCGUGUCCAAUGCCAGUGGAAAUCCUUGUGGAUGAGGAACCGGCUGAGGAACCUGAUGAGGAACCGGAUGAAGAGCCAGAUGAGGCUCAUCCUGCUCCUGGUGUCUCUUCCCAGUCUGUUCCUCAUAUCCCCAAACAUGAUGCCAGUUUAGUUCAUGUCGAUUCCACAGAAACCAGAACAGGCGAAAGCAGCAAAACUGUUUGUGAAAAAAGAGAGAAACGAAGAAAGCGUUCGUGGUACGACGAAAACACAGACGAGCAAGUUAAGGAGGAUAAAAAGAAAAAAACGCACACACACCAAAGGAAAAAUGAGAAAAGAGGAGCUCAGAGGAUGCUUGAGAGUGUUUCUGAUGUUUCCGGAGAAGAAGAAGUAGAAGAAGAAGAAAAUGAAGAGGAGGAGGAGGAGGAUGACGAAGAUGAUGCUGACGAAGAAGACGAUGACGAGAACAACUUGACGGAUGAGGAGGAAUGCGAUGAUGAUUUGUCUUCAGAUGCAAAUAGUUCAGAAGAGCAUCUCUGCCAAGUGUGCAGUCUCACAUUUCCCACAUCUUUCCUCCUACACGAGCAUAUGCACGUGCAUAACGGUGUGCGUCUCUACCGCUGUGCUGAAUGUGGCAAGCAGUUCUGCCAUUUAGUCAACUAUCGUAAGCACCUGCGCUCGCACGCGCAAGCGUCCGUUAUCCAGUGUGUCAUUUGCACAGCCCAGUUUGCGACACAGGACGACCUGCAGCAGCAUCUGGACACAAACCAUUUUGAAGAAAAGUUCUAUCAGUGUGAUCUCUGCAAGCGCAUUUUCACCAGCAUGGCAGAGUGCAAGAGGCACGUGCACACACACCAGCAGCGCGCGAAACGUUUCCCGUGCCCAAAGUGCGAACACAGCUUCCGCCAUCACAGCUCCAUGCUGUACCAUCUCAAGCGACACAAUAAAGGUGUAUUCCUCUGUACCGACUGCGGCCUGGCCUUCUCGACAAAAGGCGUCCUCCUGCGCCACAGCUUUCAUCACCUGGGCCUUUUGCCCUACACGUGCAUACGAUGCAAGCGGCACUUCCGUUUGGCAUCUCUGUACUUGAAGCACGAGUGCAAACCGGAGCACUUGCAAUGCGUCGCAUGUCUCGUCACCUUUCAGAGUCAAGAGGACUUCCUGAAGCACAAGAAGGACACAGGUUGCUGGGGUCAUCAAACGGCUCUCAGCACCAAGACAAAUCAAGACAUCCGCUGUAUGGAGUGCGGGCAAGUCUUCGACAGUUCAGAGGAACUAAAGAAGCACGCCGGGACACAUCAGAGGGUCAUGAGGUGCUCAGAGUGCGGGAUGGGUUUCCGCUCCUCCAUCAUGCUCAUGUCGCACAUGGGCGGCCAUGUGGCUCAGCGGCCAUGUCUCUGUAAAGAGUGCGGCCUGGGCUUCUGUCAUCAACAGGCUUAUGACAGUCACCUUAAAACCUGUGGCCUUGUGAAUGCAGCAGAGAUUGCCGUAAAGAAACAGAAGCCAAAUUCAACGAAGAAGGAUGUUGUCACCAGUGCAAAAAGCAAAGAAGUUCAAAUUCUGCCGAAGCAUGCGCCAUCACAUCCACCCACGGUAGUAAGCAGCCAAACAAAUCCUGCUGACAGUCUGACCACAGUCAGUGUGAAUAAAAAGCCUCUUUCUUCUUUACCCCUGUUUAUGCUUUUGCCCGUUCCCUCCACAUCCGCAUCCAACAGCAUCCCCAAUCCUGCAAAGCUUACAUCAGAUGUCUCAAAGAAAUGUGUUUCAGCUCCACCGGUCAUUCAUAUUCCAUUACAAUCUAAUAACAGCUCUGUACAUAAAGAGUCUGUGAAAACAGCAGUGGUGAAAGACCUGACUAGCCUUAAGCCUGCUUCAAACAUUCUGAUAUCCAUGAAGAACACAAAAACAGGAUGGACGCUAUUACAGGGUCCAAGCGCAUCUGGACCAGUCACUAAAAUAUACGUAGUGAGAGAGGAAAGUAAACAAGCGACUGCCGCCGACUCCGUCUCCAUGCAGAAAAAGAGAGUUUUGUCAAACUUGGAGAUCCUACAAAUCUUAAACAUCCUGAAGAAAACUGGUGAUCAGAAAAAAGAAACUCUAUCAAGCUCAGAGAGCGCCGGGAUGGCGGCAGAUGACGGAACGCAGAAAAGGUCGAGUCUGGAAACCAGGAACACUUCACUUGAACAGAGCAGCGAUUGCGAAUUAACAACAAAAACAGGGAGAGAGAUUCUCGGUGCCGUAAACACCGAGCCUCAGUGUCCUGACUUUGAUUCUUCAGCAGAUAUGUGUGAGAGUUUACCCCUAAAAAGGCAGCCUGAAGAGGAUCAAAUCCCAAAAGCGUCGACCGAGUUAUCAUCAGAAAACUGUGUACAAAAUACAGACAAUAACUCUGACGAGGAAAACUCGGACCUGGACAUCGCAGCCAUGGAGUUAGGUGACGAAUCAGAUGUCGUACAGUGUGAAACUUGUGGGAAGCUGAUUUUAGAAAAAGACUUGGUCCAACACACCAUGAAGCAUUCAGUCUCCAAUGUUCUCACCACAUCCUAAGCCCUGGAUUUUGUAAACAUUAUUAAAUGGUACGAGUUCAUUUUACUGUAACAUUUUUUAUAAACGUAGAUGACACUGAAAAGCUUUCAGAAUCUUCCUUCCUUCCAUUCUGCCUUCCUUUUAAUUUAAAACACAGGAAACCUUUCUAUUAAAUCCACUAUUUCUGGAGAAAACAAUAAUAGGCUGUGUGUAUUCAUAUUCAAAUGAAUCAAACACUGAAUAUUAUAGAACUGUUUACUGACUAUGCAGGUGAUUUGCACAAAUAAAACUAUUUUCCUUAAUGUUGCUGGGUACGAAGAUCAGGACAUUGUAUUCAAUAAGUCAUCUAUCUUCCAUUAAAUAGAUAAUUAUCUGCAGAUUCAAACCAAAAUGAACUGAUUUUCUGUUUAAUUUUCUUUUAACCUUUUGGGGGGUUUUUUUCAGUAUAUCAACACAAGCAAGGGUGGAGUUUAUGAUUAGAGGUUUAUGGUUUCAGUUAUGAUUUGGAUCUUCUGUU